UGACAAAUGGUUAACGCGUCAAUACGAAAACCGAAAUCAUUUUUAACUCAUUUUAGUCUACAGAUUUUCGGGUGUUUGUGUUUAUCGUCAAUAUGAGAAGAAAAUUAAUCAUUACGCCGGACAUUAUAAACGACACGAUUGACAAAUUUGAGUUUGGAAAAUUUAGGAAAUUAAACGAAGAGGAAACAACAGAACCAAUAUUAGAAGCUAAACCUAAAGAGGACUACCCACCUGUUUCCUUUCUAGAACUGUACAAAUAUGCCUCGCACAUGGACAAAUUUUUCAUAGUUUUAGGGUCAAUCAUUUGCACAUUGGGUGCUGUUGCCAAUAGCUUACUUUCAAUUACAUUUGGAGACGCAACCAACGUAAUAGUGACGUACGUUUCAACUUUAAACGAAACAAAUGCAACUCUCAUUCAACAGGCCGAGGAGGAGUUAGAGAAUGGGUUAAUUGCCUUUGUCAUCUUUGGAUGCUCGCUGGGUGCUUUGAUUAUGGUCGCUACGUAUAUUGCAACGGUACUAUUUAACUAUAGCGCCUUAAAACAGACUUAUCGAAUACGUGAUCUGUUUUUACACAAAGUGUUAAACCAAGACGUUGGUUGGUAUGACGUUCACCAGACAGGAGAUUUUGCAAGCCGCAUUGCGGACGACUUGAAGAAGUUAGAAGAGGGUAUCGGGGAGAAGGUUUCCAUAUUUCUGUAUUAUGAGGUCAUUUUUGUGACGAGUAUUAUACAGGGCUUAAUUUUGGGAUGGGAAUUAGCUUUAAUAUGUAUGGUGUCACUUCCUGUUACCACCAUAUCGAUGGGCUUCAUUUCUUGGAUCUCCUCAAAACUGGCGAAACAAGAAAUGGACGCUUACGGAGAAGCAGGCGCUAUUGCCGAAGAAACUCUUAGCUCAAUACGAACAGUUGUUGCUUUUGGUGGACAGAAAAAGGAAGAAGAAAGAUAUGAUGAAUUACUUUCAUUUGCGUGUAAAAACAACAUCAAACGGUUGUUCUUCAACGGUAUAAGUAAUGCUGUCAUGUGGUUUUUUGCGUAUGGCAGUUACUCGUUAGGCUUUUGGUAUGGUGUAAAACUUAUUAUACGAGAACGAUCUCUACCGAUUGAGGACGUUGUGUAUGAUGCCGGGAAUAUGGUGGCGAUUUUCUUUAGCGUUUUAACAGGUACGUGGUUUUUUGGAAUGGCUUCGCCAUUUAUAGAAACUUUUGGGAUCGCAAAAGGUGCUGCCGCAAAAAUUUUUGGUGUUAUAGCCAGUGAACCGUCAAUAAAUGCUUCAAAAGGGAACGGUAUGAAGUUCAAAAAAAUGGAGGGCAAGAUUACAUUCCGUAGCGUACAUUUUACUUACCCCUCCAGGCCAGAUUUAAAAAUUUUGCAAGGAAUCGAAUUAACAAUAAAUCCUGGCGAAACUGUUGCCCUAGUAGGUAGUUCCGGAUGUGGAAAGUCAACAUGCAUACAAUUAAUACAACGCUAUUACGACCCCUCGUCUGGAAAUGUUUUUAUUGACGAUCAUAACGUGGCCGAUUUGGAUCUCGCUUGGAUGCGAUCUCAUAUUGGAGUUGUGGGUCAAGAGCCGGUAUUGUUUGAAAUGACGAUAGCCGAAAACAUAAAACUUGGUGCGGAUGAUGCAAGUGAAGAUGAUAUUAAACGAGCCGCCACGAAGGCAAAUGCUCAUUCUUUUAUAAGCUUACUUCCUCAAGGUUACAACACGCUUGUUGGCGAAAGAGGUGCCCAGUUAUCGGGUGGUCAAAAACAAAGAAUAGCUAUAGCGCGAGCUCUCGUGCGCGAACCGUCAAUUCUGCUUUUGGAUGAAGCCACUUCUGCUUUAGAUACAAAUAGUGAAGCGGUCGUUCAAGCUGCACUUGACGCGGCCAGCAAUGAAUGUACAACCGUCAUUGUGGCGCACAGAUUGUCUACGGUUAGAAAGGCCGAUCGUAUUGUCGUCAUAGGCACCGGAAAAGUUGUAGAACAGGGUACCCACGAUGAACUUAUGCAUAAAGAGGGCGCUUACUUCGAACUAGUAACAGCGCAAAUAUCACAAUCAGACACAGAUGAAGAUGCAUUUACCAAGACAGAAACGGAAGAGAAAAUAGGAAUAGUGCGCCAGACAAGUUUGGAUGGUGCAAAUAUGAGAAGCAACUCCAUUAUUUCUAAUGUCAAAGAAAUACUUGAAGAAUCGAAAAGCGGAUCAAGUACGUCAUCAUUGUGGGCGAUAAUGAAAUAUAACUCCCCUGAGUGGUGGGUUAUUCUGCUUGGGUGCGUAGGAUCAAUAGUAACUGGAGCGGGUAUGCCAGUGUACGCAAUCGUAUUUGGAGAUGUAAUGGGAGUGUUAGCUUCCCACGAUGACGAUUAUAUUAUCAGUGAAACAAAAAAAUUUGCUAUAUUUUUCUUAAUCAUAGGAAUCGUUACUGGUAUCGCAACACUGGUCCAUACGUAUAUGUUCGGAAUUGCUGGGGAAAAACUAACAAUGCGCCUCCGCAGUCAAAUGUUUAAGUCGUUUCUUUCGCAAGAAAUGGGCUAUUUUGACAAUAAAGAGCAUGGUGUUGGUUCGUUGUGCGCACGUUUAUCUGGAGAAGCGGCAAGCGUUCAAGGAGCUACCGGCCAAAGAAUUGGAACGAUCCUGAAUUCCCUUUCCACUGUAGUUAUAGCUCUUAGUACGUCUUUUUAUUAUGAGUGGAGAAUUACUUUUGUAGCGUUGUGUUUUUCGCCCCUAAUUGUUAUGGCCUUUUACUUAGAGCAAAAGAUUAUCGCGAAGGAAAGCCAAGGACAUUACAAAUCUUUACAAAAUUCCACCAAAAUUGCCGUCGAAGGAAUUAACGGUAUACGUACUCUCGCCUCCUUGGGAAGUGAACAGAGUUUCCACAUUCGUUAUAUGGCUGAAAUAGUCCCUUACCAACGAAUGGCCCAACGUAAUACUCACUUUAGAGGAUUAGUUUAUGGUUUAUCAAGAAGUUUGAUGUUUUAUGCGUACGCAGCUUCUCUUUAUUUUGGAGCCACGCUUAUUAAAAAUGAAGGACUCGAAUAUGCUAAAGUAUUUAUUGUUUCUGAGAGCAUCAUUACUAGUUCAUGGUCACUGGGAAAUGCUUUAGCAUUCACGCCAAAUUUUCAAAAAGGCUUAAUAGCGGCUUCUCGUAUUUUUGAAUUGUUUAGUAGAAUUCCUCUCAUACGUGAUGGUUCUCAGAAAAAUAAUGGCGGAUGGGAUAGUGGAAAUAUUGCCUACGAAAAGGUAUACUUUUCAUAUCCGUCUCGACCAACUAUUCCGGUAUUAAGAGGGUUAAAUUUGACUAUCCCACAAGGAAAAGUGGUGGCCUUGGUCGGACCGAGUGGAUGUGGUAAAUCAACUAUUAUACAACAAUUGGUACGAUUUUAUGAUCCAACGUCCGGUUCCGUGUCCGUUGAUGGAAAACAUAUUAAUACAAUGCAGCUUUCCACGUUAAGGUCACAUUUGGGUGUUGUAUCACAAGAGCCCAACCUCUUCAGUAGAACAAUUGCAGAGAAUAUUGCCUAUGGAGACAAUGAACGCGAAGUAACACGAGAGGAAAUUAUUGACGCUGCCAAAAAAGCAAACAUUCAUACGUUUAUUGCGUCAUUGCCUUUGGGCUAUGAAACAAAAUUAGGAGAGAAAGGCACACAAUUGUCAGGUGGUCAGAAACAAAGGGUUGCAAUUGCGAGAGCUUUGGUUAGAAACCCUAAAGUACUGCUCUUAGACGAGGCAACGUCAGCACUAGACGCUGAAAGUGAAAAAGUUGUCCAAGAAGCCCUAGAUAAUGCUAAAAAAGGACGUACUUGUAUUACAAUCGCUCACCGUUUAACAACGAUACAAGAUGCAGAUGUCAUUUGCGUGAUUAAUCACGGAAGAGUUGCAGAAAUUGGCACGCACGCAGAACUUUUAGGCUUAAGGGGAAUUUAUUACAACCUUCACAACUUACAGCACUAAAUAAUAGCUUUGUUCUUCAUACAAAAUAUAAUAGGUUCCUAUCUUUAAACAUUCUUUGAUGGCUAUAAAACAAUGUGACAUAAAAGGAAGGCGUUAAAUUAUUGUUAAUAGUUAUACUUAAGUAGUUGAUAUUAUAAGAUUUUGUUAUCCGAGACAGAAGAUUGUCAGACUGUUUGCGAUUUUUUUACUAAAAGGCAAAUAAAGAAUAUCUAAUUUUUUAGGA